CGCUCCCCGUAUAAAAAGCAGCUCCAGGCCGAGGCGCUCCCUGUUGCUUGUUGCCGGUGCUGAAGAGAGCCGAGGUCAGGCAGGUGGGCGCGCCGGAGGCAGAAGCGGCCAGCGAGUGGGGGGUCAGCCCGGAGUCAAGCCGUCGCCAUGCGUGAGAUCGUGCACAUCCAGGCCGGCCAGUGUGGCAACCAGAUAGGGGCGAAGGUAUAGUCUGGACCAGGGCAGGGGAAGAAAGGAAAGGGGGGCGUCUCUAUUGUUACACGCGCUGCAGGGAGUCGCCAAUUACAGGCGUUCCACGCGUCUCUAACUCGGGUGGGGUUCAAUGACCUCGGCCUCCUGCGCAUCGAAGGAGCCUAUUCAGCAACUCGGCAUUUUCUCUCUCUCUUUUUUAUGUCUUCGUCUCACAAUUUUGAGAGAUGUAUUCUUCACUACCACUAUCCCCGCUCGGGUCUGCUUCCUCGACGGCGCGUUCAUCCUCUGCUGCAGCCGGUUCCUUUGUUACACGCCCCUUGCGGAGGGGAGGGAGGAGAAUAGAAAAUGCUGGUCGCGUUGGAUAGCCCGUUCGUUGCCUUUGAUGUGUGAGCUGCUAGUAGGAACCGGCGCUCUAAUAAGGGGUCUAGAAAAAGGCGUUUCCUCAUCCCGCCUUGUAGGCAUUUCGUGCUUUGAGUCAGCGCUCAUGUCACCAAGUCACACACACACACACACACACACACACACACACACACACACACACACACACACAAAAUUCGAAAUCCGGGUGAUGGUGUUUUUUUUGUGUGUGGAUGGGACUGGAUCUGGUGCUUUAACAAUAAUUUUAUUUAUACCCUGCCCAUAUGGCUGGGCUUCACCAGCCGCUUGUUUUAUUUUUGACAAGUAAGGGUAGCUGGUAACUCAAUUCCCAGCCACACCCUCAAUGCUGGUACAGAGACAAUAUAGCCUUCAGUAAGUCGAGAGGGUCUAUAGCCAUCUCUAGGCUCACUGGUAUCCUCAUUCCUAAGACAGUAUUGGGCUAAAUUCUGCAGUAAAGGGGAUUUUAAGGUUCAAUGAAAGGUACGCCAUCUCCAUGUUGCUUCCCUUGUGUAGGUAGAUUGUCACAGGUGCUUUCUCUGAAUUCAGUUUGGGUAGAUCAUAUGAGCCUAUUAUUUUGAGCUUGACUUGUUUGGGGAUCUGGUUGCCCCCGCUGGGCUUUCUGCUUCCCUUUUGUGGAAGGGAACGAAGAAAUACUGAAUUUGCUUUGAAAAUAUUUAGAGUUGGCGCUACCACCUUGGCAGGCUAUGCAGUAAUAGUGUGGUCCAUGCAGCAUGUAUCUCGAAGCUCUCAAGUGAAUGGAAAGUGUUCUUUGAUCUUCUGCAACAUUGCAGGGCAUUUUUCUGUGAGCAUAAAGUACCCCCUCUCCCCCCACACCUUAGACCAUAAGUGCUUGCUCAGAAAACAUUGUCACAGAUCUGGGGACACAUGCCCACUGGUCCUUUCAUAAGGGAGUUUCCCUAGCAGCUUCUAAGCUUACCUUAUCAAGGAUAUGAAGCAAAGAGUGGCUUUCUGCUGACAUUUUGGUUAUGAUCAUGGGCAGAGAGGCUGGUGCUGGUUUGGUUUUGUGUUUGAGAGAACAGCACCAGGAGACAAUAGCCUUUCUAGCGCCGCUAAGGUGGGGCGCAAGUGGGUGUGUACAUGGGCUUGGUGGCACCUUUUCCUCCCCACUCCUGCACACAACGAAAGAUCAUCAUUCAAUGUUUAAAUACGGUUAAAAUUGAACAAAACCAAGAACAUUCAAGACAGAGGCUUGAAUUACAAAAGAUAGGGCAGAGAAAAUACCAAUAAACAUAAGGAGUGUUUUUUGUUUUUUUUAAGGAAAGCAGUACUGAAGAAUUUUCUGCAGCCAUCCUUUUCUCACUGCCCACCAUGCAACGUAUUUCAGAAUUAUAAACGGAGAUUUUAAAGAGCUGUCAAUGGCAUCCUGGUGCAUUGUGGCUUCCUUUCUGGGUUGCGUGUGGAGUAUUGCAGCGGUGCUGUUUCUUUGUGCUUCAAGCCGCUGUCAAGGCAGCCACCUGGGCUGCCAGAGCUCUUAAGGGUUUGCCUUGAUCUGCCUCAUUUCCCACAGCAGAAGCUCUUUUCAGCUGGGAAUCUGGCAGCCCUGACAACGGGAUUUUGGCAAGGCGUGCCAGCAAGCAGCAUGUGGUUUUUUGGGGGGGAGGGGGAGUCAGCCUUCUAGGCAUUUCAAAGGCAGUUGCUAAUAGCUCUCCAAAAUUCCCAUUCCAGUUCUGGGAAGUCAUCAGCGAUGAGCAUGGAAUUGACCCCACCGGCAGCUACCACGGAGACAGUGACCUACAGCUAGAGAGGAUCAACGUCUACUACAAUGAAGCGACUGGUAACCUUGGGGAGGGAGCGGGGGUGUGUGUGUGUGUGAGAGAGAGAGAGAGAGAGAGAGGGAGGCCGGGGAGGAAAGCUGCUGAUAGAUUCUUCAAAAAAUGUCACGGGCACUGGGAGAGCAGCGUGACAAAACCCUGGCAAGCCGGGGCCUUUAAGCAGCUAUUGAAAUCCUUGGCAACGCUUUAAUGCCUACUUAAAAUUCAAGCCUGGUUUCAUUAGGCUGUUCCCUUUAAAUCUGCGCCUCCCCCACUCCUUUUAUCUGUUUAGAGAGUUGCUGUGUCUCUCCGGUGAAUAGUAAUGAGGUUGCCAAGAGCAUAGGAGCUGCCUUGUGUUGGGUUUUGUGUGGCUUCUCCUCCCCUCCCCAGCCCAUGAAAUCUGCUGACAGCAGGUCUGUAACGCUGAGUGUCUUUUGUCGUUCCCUCCCCCCCCCCCGCCGCCACUGCAGGUAACAAGUACGUGCCCCGUGCCAUCCUUGUGGACUUGGAGCCUGGCACAAUGGACUCAGUCAGGUCUGGACCUUUUGGGCAGAUCUUUAGACCUGACAACUUUGUCUUUGGUAAGUGUUUCAUCAUGGCUGUUCUAAAACGGGUGGCCCAAGCGAAAAUGAACUCGGAAGCUCAGGUCCUCUCUGCCUAGAUCAAGGGUUUGCUGGCUAGAAAUCUACCGAUCUGUUCCAGUUCACCUUCAGUACCUCCUCUUCUCCUCCACUAAGCAAAGCAUAAGUGCUACAAUCAGCUUGGCUUGAAGCCAGUUGGCAUUCACUGCCAUCAUCAUGUGCGGUCCUCUUUAAAGUUGUCAGGCAUCAAUCUCUGCGUAGGGUUCUGCUAUUAUGAGCUUUCACAAUAGGAGUAGGAUGGGGAAGUAUACAUUUCCUGUUUCCCAUGUGAUGAAGAACCCUUUUCUGUAUUGGCAGAAAAAUGGGUCAAGGGAUCAUUCCUGCAUCUCUCCCACAGUGAAAUGGAUGAGAUAUUCUGCGAUUUGAGGCAUAUUGCCACAAGAGAAAGGGCGGCCUUCUCUCCCUUAACCAGAACACACCGUGGAUAGCUCAGUCGAUAGAGCAUGAGACGCUUAGUCGCAGGGUUGUGAGUUCGAGAUUCCUGCAUUGCAGGGAGUUGGACUAGAUGACCCUUGGUGUCCCUUCCAACUCGACAGUUCUAUGAUUCUAUGUGUCAGGGGCUGGCCAGUGUCGGAUGCCAGAGACUGGUCUGACUUGGACAAGGAAGGCAGACAGUCACAGACAGAGCAGCCUUUAACAGAGGAAGGGGGUAAUUGCCCCCUUCCUUCAGUGUUCUCAGUAACAGAGAGAAUAGUAGAUUAAGAAACCUCACAGUCGGAGGAGGAGGAGAUAGACAGCCCUGAUAAAGUUGCUAGGCAACCAGGAGGGAGAGAGAGUUUGGAAGGCUCUUACUUUGAGAGCGGCGGGGAUGUUCCUCCCUCCCCUCAGACUAGGAGGCAGGAAAGGGUUAAGGAACAACGAAAGCACAGGGGCAAAAGGACAGGGAAUCAGCACCCUUCGUGCUGCAAAAGGGGAGGAGAUUCAGAGUGAACAACUGAUACCUAGAGAAAAGUUGGCUCAGUGCUGCUCUCUUUGUGUUAUUGUAAAUAGACUAUAAACCUGUCAGAGGCACAUUAAUUCUUAUUGGAAACUCCUGUCCAUAUCUGCAGACCUGACACUAUGCGAGAUUGACCAUGGAUCCCUGUUGCAUGCAAAUUUCUUGGCCAUGAGGUUUAGCGUUUGCAUGCAAAUAAAUAUUUGGAGAAGAUAUAUGAGGGAAAUACCAAUGUUCUAGCUCUUGAUGGAUACACUAUGCUUAUCCAAGAACUCAACAGAACCAUUUCUAAGGGCUGUUACAGACUGUGCCCCCCCAAAAAAGGUCAUAACCAAAAUCUUAAAGGAAAUGUACAUUUUGGCUCAAGCUGGUUUGCUUUAGCAGUUCCACCCUUUACGCAUUGAAAGUGUUGGCAGCUGUAGCUUCUGCCUGUUCAUCACCUCUCCACUUCCUCCUCUAGGCCAGAGUGGUGCUGGGAACAACUGGGCCAAGGGCCACUACACGGAGGGAGCUGAGCUGGUGGACUCUGUGCUGGAUGUGGUGAGGAAGGAGUCUGAGAGUUGUGACUGCUUGCAGGGCUUUCAGCUGACCCAUUCCCUGGGUGGUGGCACAGGCUCCGGGAUGGGGACGCUCCUCAUCAGCAAGAUCCGGGAGGAGUAUCCCGACCGGAUCAUGAACACGUUCAGUGUGAUGCCGUCCCCUAAGGUGUCAGACACGGUGGUGGAGCCCUACAAUGCCACGCUGUCCGUUCACCAGCUGGUGGAGAACACGGAUGAAACCUACUGUAUUGACAAUGAGGCCUUGUACGAUAUCUGCUUCCGCACACUCAAACUCACGACUCCGACGUACGGGGACCUCAAUCACUUAGUGUCGGCCACCAUGAGCGGCGUCACCACCUGCCUGCGGUUCCCUGGCCAACUGAAUGCCGACCUCCGCAAGCUGGCGGUCAACAUGGUGCCCUUCCCUCGCCUGCACUUCUUCAUGCCCGGUUUUGCUCCCCUCACGAGCCGCGGAAGCCAGCAGUACCGGGCCCUGACAGUGCCAGAGCUGACCCAGCAAAUGUUCGAUUCCAAGAACAUGAUGGCGGCCUGUGACCCACGCCACGGGCGCUACCUGACGGUGGCGGCCAUUUUCCGGGGCAGAAUGUCCAUGAAGGAAGUGGACGAGCAGAUGCUGAACGUCCAGAACAAGAACAGCAGCUACUUUGUCGAGUGGAUCCCCAACAACGUGAAGACGGCCGUGUGCGACAUCCCUCCGCGAGGCCUCAAGAUGUCCGCCACCUUCAUUGGCAACAGCACGGCCAUCCAGGAGCUGUUCAAGAGGAUCUCUGAGCAGUUCACGGCCAUGUUCCGCCGAAAGGCCUUCCUGCACUGGUACACCGGAGAGGGCAUGGAUGAGAUGGAGUUCACGGAGGCCGAGAGCAACAUGAACGACCUGGUCUCCGAAUACCAGCAAUAUCAAGACGCCACAGCGGACGAGCAAGGAGAGUUUGAAGAGGAAGGCGAGGAGGACGAGGCUUAGGAUGGCGGUGGUUUAGUGCAGUGGGGCAAGUUUAGUGCAAUGGGGCCAGUGUUUUGGGGCACAGUCUGUUCAGCUCUGCUGAUGCAUGCUUUUUCAGUUCAACUUGGUGCUUUCUCUGCUGGCUUUGUCAGCAGAUUUACUCGUUGUGUAACAGUAGUUGCAAAAGAGUUAUGAAAAAGUCUUCUGUCUAAAUGUCUGAUACAAACAUAAAAGGCAUUUGUGUUUC